GAUGGAUGCUUUUCCACAGGGCGGCGCUCUUUAGAUCAAUGUCAUUGCCGUGGAUCUUGAAACACCCGCAGGAUCUCCACCCAAAUCCUUCACGGCUCCUACUCGUGCCAUUUAUCGAACGAAUACCCAGUGAUCCAGUCUCCGCCACUGUUUGGAAAAGCCAUUGCCGAUUGGCUGCUGGAGUCACAGGAUGUGAUCACGUGAGUAAAUUUGCCUUGUUCUGGGGAAAAUGGGGCUUGGUGUAAAUCUGGGGUGUAAUGCUGUCAUUUAUCAGACUACCUCGUAAAAACGACACUGAGGACUCUUGGCCAACAAAUCACGGAAAAAAUAUGAGUUCUUCGUAUUAUGAGGAUGGACUUUUUAAUAAGUAUACGGCGGGGAAUUCUCUUUUUCAAAACGGAGACCGGGUUCCGUACUCCCUGGCACCGAGUGGGGAGAGACCGACGUAUGGUCCGGGGACUGCAGCUUUCUCCUCUUCGCUGUCUGGACUUUACAAUGUAAACAAUGCAAUCUACCAGAGUCACUCGAUGUUUACCUCCGGCUAUGGUCAGUGCCCGGAGGCCUACGGUUUGCGUGGAAACUCGUAUGACCAGAACCUCCUCUGCAAUGACCCAACCAGAAGUAGCUGCGACAAGUCGGGUCCCGAGACCCUCAGCAUGCCAACAGAUAAACACUUCCGCAUGUAUCCUUGGAUGCGAGCUUCAGAUUCAGACCGAAAGCGAGGCCGGCAGACGUACUCUCGAUAUCAGACUCUUGAGCUGGAAAAAGAAUUUCAUUUCAACCGGUAUUUGACCCGAAGACGGCGCAUAGAGAUCGCCCAUGCUUUAUGUCUCACAGAACGACAGAUCAAAAUCUGGUUCCAAAAUCGGAGGAUGAAAUGGAAGAAGGACCAUAAGGAUAAUGGUCAGGUGGCUGGAUCCGUCACCAAAGUCAUUGAAGAAGAGGAGAGUGAGCCAGUAGCUUCUGUUAGCGUCCAGGCCACUGAAAAAGAAAAGGACAACAUCGUGGAAUUAGAGGACAGCAAACAACACAUAUAAUUAUACGGCGAACAAGACGUUCUUAUUUAUGUAAAGCAUAUUUUGAAAGUAAUUUAUGUUUACGUCUAUUAUAUUAACUGGCACUCUUACAAUUGUAAUUCCUAUUUGAAACAUAAGCUAAAUGCUAUUCAUUUUGAGCCAAGACUUUUUUCAAAGCACUUUGAAAACAAGCUACCUAUUGCAGUCCCUUAAAUUAAAAUAAGAGGGAUUCGAACUAAUACAAACACAUACUACCUAUUUAACGUUUACUCUAAUGUUUUAAUAAUUAUUAUUAUUCAUGGCACGAAAUUCUAGCCAGAGAGCAGUCCUAUGCAUGAACAUAAUACAGAGUUGUAUUAAAAUAAAACGGCGAAAUUAUUUAGGCUUGACGAAUAACUUCAAAAUUUUGUGAAACCCCGAGGUUCACGGGGUUAGGAAAUGGCGUUAUUGCAGGAAACAUGCCUUACACUGCUUUAAAGUAGUGUGACUUGGUGAAGUAGCAUUGCUCGUUUAUUUCAAAGCUGCUUGCGUCAACUUACAUGUUUCAUUCAUUAAGCGCUGGAGUGCGUAUUGUCAAAUGACCAGUGUUUGGAUUUGAAGUCCGUCACACACCUAUACAUGUCAGCAUGCCUUAGUCGUACUGUUAUCUAUGAUGUUGGUGUAUAUGCCUACCUCACAUAUUUAAUUUAGGACCACGUAAUUUAGAAAAACUGCUUAUAUAUAGUAAUCUUGUGUUAGGUGCACUUUGUAAAUUUGCUUUGCGUAUCUGAUGUUAUUAUGCGCAAAACGUGGAACUUGUAGGUUCCCCGAGAAUAUUCGUUGUUAAUUCUGCUUGUUAUCUUGUUCACGGUCUAAGUGUUCUUUUUAUGUAAUUAGGGCGGUAAUAUUCUCACACACAAAUCUCAUAGCCGUAAAUACAUUUUGAAUCGCAUCAGAAAAAAGCGAGCUGCCUUCUCUUGCAUAACUCCUGUUUCAGUCGCUGCAACAUUGUUGUUAUAAUAUUUUGUAUCAGGAAAAAUAAAAUCAUAGAUUAUAAUAAUACCAUAAAACAGCAAUGUUGUGUGUAUUCCGGUGAAGUCCAAAGUACUUCUACAUUUUUCUUUGGUUUUGUCACGUUAUAUAUUAUAAUAAAUUGUUUUCAAACUUUGCUUGCACAAUA